AUGAGCGCUGGGUUGGUGAAAUUCCUCUCACGUUACUCUUGGUUCAAUGGGGGCCCUAAACCAAACGAUACUUGCCCCUAUUGUCGCGCCAAAGUCUACCUCGUCAACCCUCGGCAAUUAGACCAAGAUAUCGAGAAAGCUGUCCUCGAAAGAGAAGUCAAUGGUGACUUCAUCGACUUUACCGUUUCUACUCAAGGGAUUCGAGACGCUCUGGCCAACACACUGGAAGCUCUGCUUUACCACAAAGUCGCGAAGUUGCCCAAAGAUCUCUUCAACAUGGAUCAGCAUAAGCUUUCAAAUAGCCAGAUCAUGGACUGCGUCCUGCAAGCUAUUGGAGUAUAUCUCAUUAAAGCUUGCACCAAAGGCUAUGAGCCUAACAAUCAAUACUACCAUCACCUACUAAGUAGUUUGUGUAAUUAUGCAACACAAAAGGUACCAAAAAUAUUGGAAAUCUACCGAAUCGAACUCGAGGAAGCCAUUAGGGUCGCCAUUGUCUCAGCAAAUUGGCUGAAGUUUCCUUACUGGAAGAAGCUAGCUCUUGCUAGAGAAAUCAUUCUUAGCGGCUACUAUGUUGGAACCGACUCGCCUCCAGGUUGGGCACCUAGUUCAACCGUCACAGAAGAAAUGCUUGAAGCAGCCCGAGCCGCUCCUAGGCUUAUACUCAAUAACUUUCUGGCUGGUUCUCAGUAUCACUCAAAACUAUGGCGACCUGAUGUCUCGGAAUUACUGAAGGCGGACAUCGACUCUCAAGGGAAAGACGACCCCAUGAGUGUAUACUCCGAUCUGGCUCAUCCAAGAUAUCGGACCGCUUUGGUAGCAAAGGUUCUGGAGCAUUGGGGUAUUACUGAUGUAAAUGCGAAAAAGGACCUGAGUAAGAUCGUGAGGCAGAACGGGACAUGGGUGAUCGAGGGACUGCAAAUCGAAUAG